GCUCCAGUUUGAGCCUCUUGUUUCUUAGAGUCGCAUAGACUCCUUAUUUCUUGUUGAGUGCCGAAGUAUUAGCUUUUAAAGUGCUGGAAUGAAAUACUUCGCAUUUUUCCUGUUUGUUUUACUGUUGGCAGUCGACACAAAACCAACUGAGGCUGUCUGUGGCUAUGAGUCUUGUCCCGAAACAAAACCAAACUUUGUCAACAUUCACUUGGUGCCACACUCCCACGACGACGCUGGAUGGCUGAAGACUGUGGAUCAGUAUUUUUAUGGCCACAAGAAUAACAUUCAACAUGCUGGUGUCCAGUACAUAAUCGACACAGUUGUCUCGGAGCUGAUCAAGGAUCCCAAGCGUCGCUUCAUCCAAGUGGAGACUUCCUUCUUUGCCAAAUGGUGGAAGGAACAGUCGGAGACUGUCAAGCAGGUGGUAAAAAAAUUGGUCAACGAAGGUCGUCUGGAGUUCACCAACGGCGCCUGGAGCAUGAACGACGAGGCAGCAGUCAACUAUCACAGUGUGAUUGAUCAGUUUACCGUGGGAUUGAAGUUCCUUGAUGAGACUUUUGGCGCUUGUGCACGUCCUCGAGUCGGCUGGCAGAUCGAUCCUUUUGGGCACAGUCGUGAGCAGGCCUCAUUGUACGCACAAAUGGGCUACGAUGGAGAGUUCUUCUCCCGCAUGGACCACAAAGAUAAGGCCAGGCGCAUGGAGGACCUCUCACUGGAAAUGAUUUGGGAUGCCAGCGAGUCCUUGAGCGAUGCGAAGCUCUUCACUGGUCUGCUCUACUCCUCAUACUGGGAGACUUCUGGCUUCUGCUUCGACGUGCUCUGCAGGGACGAUCCAAUUAUCGACGGAGACAGCUACGACAACAACGUCCAAACCAGGGUGGACGAUUUCCUUGCCUAUGCAGCUAAAGUGGCUGCAAAGUUCCGCACGACCCACAUCAUGAUACCCUUGGGCGGGGACUUCCAGUACGAAGACGCGCAUAUAAACUACAAGAACAUGGACAAGCUGAUCAAGUACGUCAACGAACGCCAAGCGGACGGCUCCACCUACAAUCUGUUCUACUCCACCCCGGCCUGCUAUCUGAACUCCGUACAUGAGGGGCUACAGACUUGGCCCAACAAAACCGACGACUUCUUCCCCUAUGCCAGCGACUCCAACAGCUUCUGGACAGGAUACUACACCUCUCGACCCACCCAAAAACGCUUCGAGCGCGAUGGCAACCACAUGCUGCAGACUGCCAAACAGCUCAGUGUCUUUGCCGAUCUGAAGAGUCAGCAACAGAAGGAAGACCUCGAUUACCUUCGCCAGAUAAUGGGAGUAAUGCAACACCACGAUGCCAUCACCGGAACGGAGAAGCAGGCGGUGUCCAACGACUACGAUCGACUGCUCUAUGAUGGCAUUAUCGGAGGAGCCAGCAAUGCUCGAGAUGCCCUGCGAGUGCUGACCAAUCUGCCAGAGGGGGAGUUCGAGAGCUGCCUGCAGCUGAACAUCAGCGAAUGCGCCUUCACCCAGGACAGUGCGGACAAUGUGGUGGUGACCCUGUUCAAUCCAUUGGCCCACACCUCCUCACAGUAUGUGCGAGUACCCGUGAAGGAGGAGAACUACCAGGUGACUGACGAAAAGGGACGCCUGGUGGCCUCUGAGGUGGUGCCAGUGGCCUGGCAAGUCCUGGCUCUGGAAUACCGCCAGAACACAACUCAGCACGAGCUCGUGUUCAAGGCAUCCGUGAACAAGAUCGCCAGCUACUACAUCAAGAAGGUCGACAAGGUAGAGAGCAAGGAAAUUGUCCUGCCCAAGGCUGCUAAAAAGUCGGUGAAGCAAAACGAAAAGAACUUGGAGGUGCCCCAGCGAUUUAAGAAGGUCCAUUCCAUGCAGAAUGUGGAGACUCACGCCGAUGAUGAUUCCGAAACUGUGGUCCAGACAUCGGAGAUCAAAUUGGUGAUCGACAAUAAUACGGGUCGCCUGAAGAACGUUGAGAUGAACGGAGUGUCCGAGGCUAUUGACCAGAACUUUGCCAUUUAUGAGACAUAUGAAUCCGGAGCUUAUGUCUUCCGUCAAAAGGAAGACGUUGAUCUGAAAUUCUUGGAAGACAAGGUGGAGUUCACAGUUUACGAUGGAGCUCUGGUGAAGGAAGUCCAUCAGCAGUUCAGCGAAUGGAUCUCCCAGGUCAUUCGCAUCUACGAGGGUGUCAACCGUGUGGAGUUCGAGUGGCUCGUCGGGCCCAUUCCAACUGACGAGGAUACCGCCAGGGAAAUUGUGACAGUUUUCGAUAGCGAAAUCUCCUCGAACGGCGUCUUCUACACUGACUCCAAUGGGCGCGAGAUGAUCAAGCGUGUAAAGGAUAAGCGAGAGGACUUUAACCCUGAUCUAGGCAGGCAGCCAAUUAGUGGAAAUUAUUACCCAAUCGUCUCCCGCAUUGCCCUGGAGGACAUCAACAAGCGCAUUGCUCUGCUCAACGAUCGUGCCCAGGGUGGAACCAGCAUGCAAAACGGACAGUUGGAGCUCAUGCUCCACCGUCGUCUUGUUCAGGAUGAUGGAUAUGGUGUGGGAGAGGCCCUGAACGAGCAGAAGUACGAGAAACCUCUCAUUGCACGCGGAAAAGUCUACUUGAUCCUCAACUCUGUGGAGGAAUCGACCAAGGUGGAGCGUUUGGCCGAGAAGGAGAUUCAUUUGCCCUUUUGGAAGUUUUUCAGCAGUCACAGCCAAGUGAACAGGAAUGCUGCUGCCAAGCCAUUGGCCGACUUCAAUGUCUGGCCACAGUCGGUGCAUUUGCUUACCCUGGAACCCUUUUCAGAGCAUGAGGUUCUGCUGCGCCUGGAGAACUUCUUGGAUCACAUUGAGGGUAAUGUGGUUAGCUUCAACAUACGCUCGAUCCUUGAUGACUUGGGCGGUGUGGAGAUCCGGGAGACCACCUUGGAUGGCAACAUGCCACUGAGCGAGAUGAAACGCAUGAAAUUCCAGCACGAUGCUGCUGGCUCUAGGCCCAAAACAGCCGAGUUCUUCACAUCGCAGCACAAGCCCUUGGUGGCGCAUAAAUCCCAGGCGGACUCCAAGUUCAGUGUCAGCCUGAAGCCCAUGCAAAUUAGAACAUUUAUCAUAAGAAAUGAGUAGAUUUCAGCUGAACUCUAGGGCCAAUGGUUGUG